CGAGACUGAUCCCUUCUCACCCACCACGUUGAGGAAGGGUUAACAAGCGUGUUUUUCGAGAAGAGGCAGAAUGAGGCGAGUAGCCGUACCAACAUGGACAAGGUCUCAAGAAGCUCAGCGAGGAGUUAGAAUAAGAGUUUGUUCAGUUAGUUAUGUUUAUGAUUAUGAGUAUAACUGGAGGUUCAAAGGUUGAUCUUUAUUGACCAUGUUUUUGAGGUCGCCCACGUGUUUAGGGCAUCGCAUUUGAUGUUGUUCUUGGAAAUGAUUAAGUUGUAUUUUAAUUUUGAGCUUUGUUUUUAACUGGAUCCGGAGCCAUAAGUAUUUCGGUUGAGUAAAAGUAUCGGGAUGUUUCAGAUACUCUCGCUCAAGUGGGAAUGCUCCUUUGGACGAUGUCGAAUGAAAGAAAUAAUCACUUGUUCAACAACAACAAGGUGAAAGAGUGGGAGAUUGUUCAAAAGGCGCUUAAUUAUUGGGAGGAGUUCACAGAUCACCAUCGUCAAGCUACUGUCGAGAAGGUGGAAGAAAUACGUACCUGGAAGCGCCCACCACCGGGCUGGGUAAAGUUCAAUAUGGACGCGGCGGUGCUGAAAGAAGGAGGGACGGGUUUAGGAGUGGUAGCUCGUGAUUAGGACGGGAAUUUCGUCAUGGCGGCAGUCCGCAUGGAGCGCAACUCCUGGACGCCGGAGCUGGCAGAGCUUCGAGCCAUCGAAGUCGGCCUGGAAAUGGCGAGGGAAGAGGGUAUCGUCCCUGUGCUGGUGGAAUUGGAUUGUCACAAUGCCAUUCUCAAGCUACAAAGGCAGGAGUCUUCGAGACUAGAGAUAGGUGUGCGUGUGAGGGAGAUUCAAGAUCAGGCAAAUCAGCUUGGUUCGGUUGAAUGGUGGUUCGGUCGACGGGAAGGGAACCGGGCAACACAUGCAAUGGCACACGUCAGAUGUGAUUGGGAAACCCAUGAGAAAUGGGCUGAAAGACCACCAAUUUUUCUGUUGGAUCUGUUAUCAAAUGAGGCUCUAGCCCAUUAAUAAUAUUUCAGGAACUUUCUAUAAAAAAAAACUAAGAAAUACAUAAUGUUAGUUUUCUCAAAACCAGAGUAGAAUCACAAUUUAAAUUUUUUUUAAUCAAUUCGUAGUACCGAAUGCUCAGCGAUCCACAAAACCUGUGGUGCGAUCACCGCAUAUCACGAUAGGACCGACGUUUCUAUCUAACAACAACAACAAACAUUGUGACCCUACCUUUAGUGUAGAUGAACCUUAACAGACAGCUACGGGUACCAAACUCAGAUUGUGCUUGUUCUGUCAACUAUACUGGUAUCUCUCAUACGUGCAAAAAGGAUUGCUAGCAAACCAUUUUUAGGGUUUGUAGGUGUAACCCAAAAGGGAAGAAAGAAAACGAGAAUGGGUUGCUUUCAUGUGCCUAUACCUCGUAUUCGAUCAGUCGACUCCAUUGAAGAUCCAUGUGGCGGGAUGUUUGGCGAAGAUUCUCUACGACCGUAUGGCAUUAUAGUAGCAGCUUUUAAUCUGGCUUCACAAAUAUAAUAUGAUGCUUCAAAAGAAUGCAGAUGAAAGCCACCAUUAGAGUGUACCAUAUCAUCUAAGAAGUUAGAACAUGUAACAUGGUUUGUUAACAUAGGUUAUAUAAUUCUCUUUUCAUAUUAGAGAUUAAGAUCAUGUCCAAAACAAUGAGAAAUCGAAAGGUUUUCUUACAAAGAUAAAUUAGAUCUUGACAU